AUUUUCAUCAACAACAACAUUUGAUUUCCCAUUCGGAGAUGAUCCUAUAUUGUUGGAAAUACCUUAUGAAAAUAAGAGCCGAGAAGUCUGGUGAUGGUUACAGGUGGUUUUACCAAGUGGUCAUCUUUCUUGAAAUGAAAUCACAUCCGGUUCGGCGCCACUUAUUAGUUGAUUUUAUCCUUUCUGUUCGGUUUUUUUUUCAAAAAUUAAUAAUAUAUGUUCUGAAUGAUUUAUGGUUUUUUUCUCAUGGUGAACCAUCAAUCUUUUGUGACAAUCGAACUCGGAGUGUUCGUCAACCAAAACAGUCGAAACACAAGGAGAAGCCACAGACUACCGAAAGUCAUGUUGAAGAAGGUGUUGCUGGGGAUAGUGUUGGUGACUUUCAACUUCCAAAUUUUGAGUAUAUAUUUAAUGAUGCUGACGACUACAAGUUUGAUCGACAUAUAGCUGCUCUAAUUGAGAUGGAAGAUGCUAAGAAGCUGUUCAAUGAUUGUUGGAAUACAAAGAAUGAUGCUUUGAAAGAGACUCUGUCUGCUACCUCUCAAUGUCAUUUGGACACGAAAGGGAAGUCAAAGGUUGUCUGUGGUGAUGAAACUGUUUCUCCAAAGGUUUAUAUGAACUAAUAACAUAAUUUAAUAUUUUUUUUCAGUAUGUACAUUGUAUUUUUUAUCAUA